UGUAGGCUCCGCACCUAGCCCUAUAAAUACCGCGGUCCGUCAGCGGAGAGUCAUCAUUCUUCUAUUCACUCAGCACAAUGGCUCUGCCUGGAGGAUUGGCUGGAGGACUCGGAAAUGCCCAUCCGGCUACCCCAGAAGUACAGGCUAUCGCAGACAAGGUGAGGUCAGACAUUGAAAAGCAGUCUGGGAAGAACUUUGGCAAAUUUAUAGUCGUUUCAUUCAAAACUCAAGUGGUUGCUGGGACAAACUACUUCAUCAAGAUACAGGUAGGAGGUAAUGAAUAUUUUCAUGUGCGUAUCCAUGAAUCUCUUCCUCAUGAUGGGAAAAAAGUGACCCUUUCAGGUUUCAAGGAGUGCAAGACUAAGGAGGAAGAAAUUGGCUAUUUCUGAGCAAGAGAUGUUCAUCCAAUUACAAAUAGAAUCUCUGUAUGCUGGCAUCUUAUUUAGCCCACUGCCAGGCGGACCUUCCAUGUACUACUGUUACCCAGCUUUCCUAACACAGUGAUUCAUUUUAAAAUCUUUAGUGCUUUUUAAAUUAAUGGUCAAAUUCCUGAUAUCUUUAGGAGAGCGACUACCAUGUUUGACAGCUGUGUCCAACAUAAUACAAAGCAAAGUACAUCUUAUGCUGUGCAUUUUUAUUACUGCAUCAUUCAGCAUACUAUAUUUUAUAAAUUCAUACAGUUCAGAGUUAGAAGAUAUUUGCACUUUAGAAGUUAAAAAUGAUUUCUGUUAAACACUUGUCUAGUCUGACACUUGCAUUUCACUUUUGUAUAAGCCUUUUUUACACAGAUUUUGUUUCUAAAAUCUUAUUUUUGCAACUAAGUAAUGCUACUGUACUGAAGAUGGGAAUUCUGUUAAGUAGCUCAGUACCAAUAAAUACAUCUUGUGCAUAGUCA